AUGAAACUUCCCGAAAACCCUGAGAGACACAUGGAACUUGAAGUAAACCUGGAUAUGAUGCGUCCUUGUUCCGUUCUUAUUGCGUUCCUGUUCUGCAUCAACCACGUUGCAGUGUUGGAAGGCGUCGGUUUCCAAAAUUGUUCAUCUAUAUUUUACAACCAGCCGUCAAAGAAUUGGGUUGUCCUGGUCGCUGGUUCAAAAACCUGGCGAAAUUAUCGACACCAAGCGGACGUUUUUCACGCGUAUCAACUGGUGCGUAAAAACAAUGUUCCACCGGAGAAUAUAAUUACCUUUGCCUACGACGAUAUUGCAAACAAUCCCAAUGAUGAUGAUGUUGAUGAUGAUGAUGAUGAUGAUUCAGAUGAUGAUGAUUCAGAUGAUGAUUAUGACUCGGAAGAUAAUCAUGAUUCUGGAGGUAAUGACGAUGAUGAUGGUAAUGAUGAAGAUGAUGGUGAUGUUGAUGACGAUGAUGUCAAUGAUCAGGAUGAUAAUGAUGGUGAUAAUGCCGAUGUUGAUGAUGGUGAUGAAGGUGACAAUGUUGCUGUUGAUGGUGGCGAUGAUGCCGUUUACGGUGAUGAUGAUAAUGAGCAGGAUGAUGAUGAUGAUCAGGAUGAAGAUGUUGAUGAUUUUGAUCAUGAUGAUACUGAUGAUGAUCAGGAUGAUGAUGAUGAUAAGGAUGAUGAGGAUGACAUAAAUCCGUUUAAAGGCCAAGUGUUCAAUCACUACGAUCACCUAGAUGUCUACAACGGUGUGGUAAUUGACUACCGUGGCAAAGUAAGCCUGUGUUCGGAUGCGCGGCAAUCAGAUGAAUUCCUGCAUCGGUUCACCGAUGUCACACGGGAUAAUUUCGUGAAGGUAUUAAAAGGCGAUGAGAAACUUGAAGCCGACAAGAAGAAGGUGCUGAAAAGAUCGUCUCCUUACCAUUUGCUUCAAUUUGGCAAACAGUUGAUGUACGGAAAAUCGAGAAUGUGA